GGAAGCUUCUGCAAGCCUUCUGGGACGAUAUGAUGCAGUUGCAGCUCAGGGAAUUCUAGCAGACGACUAUGAAUGCUGGUCUGAAUGUCUGAUCUGUGUGUUCUCCUAAUCUUGAUUUUAGUUUUUAUGGAUUCCCUGAAAUGGAUUGGUUUCCAAAUCUUAAGAAAAAUGAAGGGAAGGAAGCCCAAACGUUAUGAAAACUCUGAUUCGGAAGAAAUUAAUUUUCCGGAGGAGUCUGUAGAGUAUGAUUUCAUCACUAUUCAGAAUGCCACAAAUAAUUUCUCCGAAACAACCAAGAUAGGAGAAGGAGGUUUUGGUGUUGUAUACACGGGUACAUUUGAGGAUGGACAACAAGUUGCUGUGAAGAGGUUGUCUAAAAAUUUAAAGGGAGGUAGUCAAGAAUUUAAAAAUGAGUUCGCUUUAAUGGUCAAGUUUCAACACAGGAAUUUGGUCAAGCUUCUUGGUUUUAGCUUGGAAGGGAAAGAAGUGUUUCUGGUAUAUGAAUUUGUUCCCAAUGGCAGCCUUGACAAUUUUUAUAUGGUAAUAGAUCUCAAACAUGCCUUUCACUUUGAUUUGAGAAUUUGAUAGACGCCACGCCUUUCUAGUUAGAUGUUGACAUGCAGAUUCUGUAAAACGUGAAUGUUUGGGUUGGGAGAGACGUUACAAAAUAAUAGAAUGCAUUGCCAGAGGGCUUAUCUAUCUGCACGAAGGCUCUCGUACUCGCAUUAUUCAUUGUAAUCUCAAAGCUAGUAAUAUUUUACUAGAUGAAGAACUAAACCCAAUGAUUGUGGACUUUGACAUGGCCAAGUUGUUUGCUUUAGACAAAAUCCAUGACUCGACAAGCAUAAUCAUGAGAACCAGCAGAUAUAUGGCACCUGAGUAUGUGUUGCAGGGUGAAAUUUCUGUUAAAUCAGACGUAUAUAGUUUUGGAAUGCUAAUUCUAGAAAUUGUAAGUGGACAUAGGAUUUCUAGUUUUCAAAAUGGAGAAUCUACAAAUGACGACCUUUUAAGCUAUGCUUGGACACAUUGGAAAGGUGGGUCCACUUCAAAUGUGAUAGAUCCAAUGUUAAGAGGUAUAUCAACUCCAGUGCAUGAGAUUACAAAAUGCAUCCACAUUGCCUUGCUGUGUGUUCAAGAAAGUGUUCCAGAUAGACCAAAAAUGAUUGAAGUUCUUCAAAUGCUAAAUAAUUUAUCUAUAAGGCUUCCAGAACCCCUAGACCCUGGACUUUUUAUUUGUGGCAGCUUCAGUUCAGAGGCUUCAAGCCAGUUUACCAAAAAUGUGAAGUCAAUUAGUGAUCAAUAUGUCAGGAAAAUGCAGAAGAAGGCCAAAAGCUAUGCGAAGAAUGUGGAUGAAUCUGGCUCAAGUAUUGAAAUUAGUCCUGUGGAGUCUCAUAUAAUAAAAUAUGAAUUGAUUACCAUACAAAACGCAACAAAUAAAUUCUCUAAAGCAAACAAUUUAAGACGAGGGAGAUAUGGGUCCAUAUACAAGGGAAAACUUGAAAAUGGACUAGAAGUUGCUGUGAAGAGGUUAUCGGAAUAUUCAACGCAUGGUAAUUUAGAAUUUAAAAAUGAGGUGACUUUAAUAGCUAAGCUUCAACACAGGAAUUUGGUAAGGCUAUUUGGUUAUUGCCAAGAAGGAAGAGAAAUAAUUCUUGUCUAUGAAUUUCUUCCCAAUGGUAGCCUUGACGAAUUUUUAUUUGAUCGUAUAAAAUGUGGAUAUUUGGAUUGGGGGAGACGUUACAAAAUAAUAGAAAGCAUUGGCAAAGGGCUUGUUUAUCUGCACGAAGAUUCUCGUCUUCGCAUUGUUCAUCGCGAUGUCAAAGUUCGUAACAUUUUACUUGAUGCAGAUUUGAACCCAAAAAUUGCAGACUUUGACCUUGCCUGGUUCUUUGCUUCGGACGAAACUCACUGUGAAUACCAACCUGUGAUGGGAACUUUUGGAUAUUUGGCACCGGAAUAUUUACAAAAGGGUGAACUUUCUAUUAAAACAGACGUAUAUAGUUUUGGAGUGUUAGUCUUGGAAAUUAUAUGCGGACAAAAAUGUUUUGAUGUACUAAAUGAAAGAACUAUUGGACGUUUCCUUACAAGUUAUGCUUGGAAACAAUGGAUAAAUGGGUCUCCUUCAAAUAUAAUACAUCCAAUGUUGAGAGGUGUAUCAAGUCCAGUGGAUGAUAUAAUUAAAUGCAUCCAAGUUGCUUUGCUGUGUAUUCAAGUAAAGGCCGAAGAUAGACCAACAAUGAGUGAAGUUGUUCAAAUGCUAAGUAACUUAUCUAUGAGUCUUCCAGUACCAUUAGCCCCGCCUGGUGAUGACUCCAUUUCUAAACCCUUUUUGCCCCCUCUUUCAUCUAUUUUUGUAGUUAAGUGUUGAUACUUGAGUGAGAUUUGUUACUUGGUUGUGUGCUUUUGUGGUUAUAGGUGAAAUUCUUCACAACGAGUGAUAAAGGAAGCAUUUUGGAAAGCUUUGGAUCAAUUUUGGUAGCUUAGGAUCCCACUCAAGGAGGGAGAGGAGCAGCGGAGUGCAAAAUGGAGCAGGAAAAAUUACUAAAAAAUGAAAUGGGUACUGACAUGGCUGUGUCCCUACCCGUUUUGGUCUGCACUAAAGCUGAUCACCGAAAUGGGUACUAACAUGGCCAUGUCCCUACCCGUUUUGGUCUGCACUGUCCUGUUUUUAGCGAAUUUCUGCUGCAAUUUUGAAGAUUAUGAACCCUAGCUAGUGUAGAACUUCUCUCUCUUAUUUUCCAUAGCAAAUAUUAGCUUAGAAUAGCUUAGAUCUACAUUAGAGAACACAUUGCAAGCUUUAUUUUGUGGAUUUGGAAGGGAUUCCACCAACUUUCUUCAACAUUUAAUAGUAAAGUUCUCAUUUCCUCUUCUUCA